CACAGCGGCGGCACCACACGUCAGUCUGUACGCGACGCUCGAUCUGUUCACACGUCUCGCGCCGUCGAAUACGUCGAUGGUAAAAGCGUAGCUAUCGUGGUUAUAUCGAAAUUAUAAACAAAGUAAAAACAGUGUUGUGUUUUUUGGAUAGAUUUUGUAUGUGCUGUGAUCUAUUGGACCGGCAAGCUCUUUCUCCCUUUUAAGAGCCAGUGAUGUCCAACUAGUCGUGAACAAUGGCGUGCGUGGGCGCAGUGCUACUGGAGGCGCGGUCUUUCAGGCCGUUCCGCUCCUCGGAGGAGUACCUCUAUGCUAUGAAGGAGGACCUCGCCGAGUGGAUGACGGUCCUCUACCCAGAGCUUAGGAUUAACGCUGACAAUUUCCUGGACAGGCUGGACACAGGCGUCGUCUUGUGCACGCACGCAAACGCAGUACGCGAAUCAGCAAAGGUCAUCCUGGAAUCCGCUGAAGAGUCUGAUGACGCUAUCACCCUGGCCAAAGCCCUUCGCUCCAGACCACCAGUCAACAUGCUUCCAGCUGCUAAAGCUGGUACCUUCUUCGCCAGAGACAACUUAUCAAACUUCAUAGACUGGUGUCGUUAUGCCUUGGGCAUUUUGGAGUGCCUUCUAUUCGAAACCGAUGAUCUGUGCUUAAGGAAGAACGAAAAACACGUAGUGUUAUGUCUUCUAGAAGUUGCCAGGAAAGGCUCCGUCUUGGGCAUGCCAGCGCCUUUACUGGUGCAGAUGGAGAAGCAGAUAGAGAGGGAAUUGGCUGGUGAAGAGUUACGCCCUGAUGAUUCUGCGUUGGGAUUGGUACCCUCUGGCCCUCAGCCUCAGUUAGUGACGAACGACUUGAGGAGUCUGGACGAGAGGGUCCGGGAUCUGGUGGAGAGGUGCUCCUGUCCCACACAGUUCCCCAUGGUGAGGGUAUCAGAAGGAAAGUACAGGAUUGGAGAUACCAAGCUACUAAUCUUUGUCAGGAUUCUUCGCUCUCAUGUCAUGGUCCGCGUUGGUGGAGGCUGGGACACACUAGCUCACUAUCUCGACAAACACGACCCCUGCCGCUGCAAAGCCCAGCAUCGAUCAACACUCUCCGCGCGCCUAGCUCGCCCCAAACAGAGCCUAGUUGGUGCAACAGUCACAUACGAACGAGACCCUGGCCCCACCUCCUUACCUUUCACCAAAAAUGACAAAAACGAUGAACCCAUGUCGCUUCAGUACCCUACAAAGCCUUACAAUGACUCUACAUCACGGAUUUAUAAUUCAAAUAUGUACAGUGACGCGCCAACCAGUCUUCCUUACUUGGGAGAUGUAGAUAGAGCAUCGUCUCCAAGCAGGAAACAGUUAGGACCCAGAACAAGUCCAGAUAGAAAAAGUUCUUCGCCAGACAGGAGACCUAAGAUAGUAUCGUCCAAUCAUUUAGUGCCUACACCUCACGGAAAUAGAAAUAAAAGUCCGCGACCUGUGUCCCCAGCGCCACAGGCGGAGAGCGCGUCUGAUAACGGUUCUGAGGUGUCUGAUGAAGGGUACAGGAGCCUAGGCGUAGUGGCCGGGUCUACGCAAGGAUCACCGUCAAUCAAGAACACGAAUAGAUAUUCGAUUCUCAGCCAGAACUCUAUGGAUGAUGCUGAAUAUAACGAGCGUCUCGACCAAGACGACGGCUGUCCUAUAGACAAGAACGAGCGAGUCGACGUUUACGUGAGUUUAACCACUGGCCUUAGGAAGACUGAUUUCUCCGACACAUUCUACGGAGGCAAAAAGACCAGCUCAAUAGACGACAAGUCGAACAGAGGCAGUCCAGAACGGAUAGUGACAGAGAGCAACAAUUCUCCGAGUAAAAAUCUGAGACCAUCAAGAGACUCCACGGAUUUAUCCACAAAAACCAUCAAAGGUCGUCAAGCCAGUCGUAUUCCUCACUCUCCGGUUAGAACGAGGACGCCAAGCCGUGCGAACACCCCAAGCCCAAAACAUGCAGCUAAUCCAGUUCAAACGUCGCCUAAAUUAGCCCCCAAAUUGCCUCCAUCCGCUAGAAACACUUGGAGUGGCAGGACUGCUCCCAACCAAGCGAAAACUAAAUCUAGGCCAACAAUCGGAGCUGAUACCUUCGAUAAUCCAAAUAAAUCGCCCAAAACAAAGACUAAAGUGGCUCCCCAAAAUGAGGCAUUCAAAAGGAAUUCUCCUCUGAGGGCCAGCAGCGCAACGUUGAGAUCACCACCCAGUAAUAAAACAUUAAGCCCAUUAUUGGAACACAUUUUGAGAUCAACAGAGACUGCGAAAGACGACGCAGCGGUUUUAGAAAAGAUGAAGGAAAUCAUCAGGACUUAUUCCAAAGGUGAAGACUCACUGUCCAGGACUAGUUCCAAAGACUCUGAUUAUGCUGACUUCACAUCGGCUUGGGUGAUGUCCGACGGUAAACUGGAAAGGUCGACCAGUACAAGGCAAUUGGCUUCACCAAGGAAAGAUCCGAGGAAUGGUGCUUCUAGGAUACCAGCUCCGGUGUCCAUUGGAUGCAGGAGGUCUACUUCCACAUCGCAGUUUCAAUGACAAAACUCUCACGACAGCGAGGGGACAAGUGAUAAGUGACCCAAAGACUAAACUGGCGAACUCGAGCUGGUAAUUUGAUGUUUUAACUGAUUUAAUUUAGAUAGGUUCGGUGUGAUAGUAAAGAUUCAUGUUGGCAAUAAUUGAAAAGAUAGCGGGCGUUCAUAUUAUGGUAAUGUUUUUUAAUGGAAUUUACAUUUUUCUAUGGUUAGAUCGGAAUAAUUCGAGUGAUUCUCCUAUUUCGAGAAUGUAUUUAUCAUUUAUUCUAUAAUAUCUUGCGAAAGUAGGUGUAGUGGACUUCGUAUUUUAUCAUUGAUCAAUUAAUAAUAAACUCUAUCGUUAUUUAAUCUUUAAAGUUUAUUAUAAAUUGACAAAUUUCAAUUUUUAUCUGUCUAACCUAGUGUAGUACUAAUUAUUCUAUUGAUUAGAUAAUAUGUACUAACAAACUGCAAAUUUUUAUCCAUAAAUAAAAAAUUAAAGUAAAAUGAAAUUUAAAUUUCUUACACUUCUGCAAUUGCAUAAUGAAAUUGCAAAAAUUGCAAAAAAGUUAAACUUAUUUCUGGAUAAAAGAUUGUAUUUAGAUUCGCUCUAAAGUUGGCUAAAAGAUGGUGCUAAGUGAUUGAUGAAAUUAUGUUUUAAUUUUAAUUUAAGUUAGUAUCACAAAUUGACGAACAUUUAUUGUGCUUAGGUUUUAUACAACCUAAGUAAAUAUAUAUAUAUAUAUAUAUACAUUUUAAUUUUGAUAUAACGACCACAAGUACAAUAUGUAUUUCGUCGAAGAUGAAUAGAAAUUAGUUAAUUUAAGUUUAUUAUAAUUUUAAGGUACAAUAAUAACCCGGCGUAAUUUACUUUUAACAAAAUAAAUAAAUAAAUAGAUGAGUAAGUAUCCGGACAUUUGCAUUUAAUAUUAAAAAUGUAUCAUUCCAUUUUAUAAAGCCGGGACAUUGGCAAUUUUAAUUUUCUAUAUCACACAGUAAUCUCAAAUCUCGUGUUUUCCUUUUUUUUUUUCUUCAGAAUGUAGGUUGUGAAAGGAUAGGAGCUUAUAAUAUUUUUGUAGUGUUAAAAUUUAAAUUACAUGUUUGCAUUUUUGCAAAUAUUCAACAAAGUUAGUGUUGACAGAUUAGACACAUGUGGCAUUCUACAAUUAUUGUAGGGAGGAACGACUCAUCCAAUAUCAUACCUCAUUUUAGUAUACCGCUAUGAGUUAAGAAAAAAAAAAACAAAACAAAAUAUUUUUGCACUAACAUUUUAAAAGUUGGAAAAUUGCAAUUUUAAAUUACAUUAUAAAUAAAUCACGUCGUAACCGUCCGACAACAUAAAGACAUACCUACCUAUAUAGGUAGUUGUAGAAAGUAAUUCAUACAUAUAAAAUUAGGUUACUUCAUUCAUUUUAAUACAUAAUUUAAUGAUUAAGUUAAAUUAAUGAUUGAAGUUAUCAAAGUUGCAUUGUAAAAUUAUAUUAUUAAAAAAAAAAAAACUUUGGUUUGGCAUGCAUUAUUGCAUUGAAUUAUCAGUGUUUAUUAUAAUUAUAUUAUAUAAUUGCAAAAUUUGCUAUAAUUUCUGUCUAACAUAGAUAUAAUCGCGCGUUGUAAUUUUAAAUUUUGCAAAAAUAUUAAACAGUUAUCUUUUGCAAUUUGCAAAAUAGUUAAAACAAAAAAAAAUUGUAAUGCUCUACCUGUUUAAUUUGUUAUCGUCUAUUUUAAUAAUAAUCUUGCUGUCAAAUGACAUAUAUUUUAUUUGUAAUUUAAUAAAAACAAUAGCAAAUUAUUGGAAUCAAUUUCUUAAACAAAUAUGAGCAAUUUUUUAAACAUUGUUUCUUCUCAGUACUUUGUUAAUUUGUAAUAAAAUUGAAAAUGAUUGAUUAAUUUUGAUGUUAAUCGUCAAUCAAAUCUACUUUUUGAUUGGAAUAAACAGCCAAUACUAAAUUUUGUUUGUGUUUAUUUCACUGGUAAAAUGUAUUUCUGGCUAUUGUUUACUGCAAUCAAAAACAUUUUUGACCGAUUGACUAUUUUGAUUGAUUCAAAUAGUUAUUGUAAUAAUUAUAAUAUAUGAGAAAGAGGAUAGCUUCAAGUCUUGAUACAAGAAGUUUUAAUACAACAUGAAAAACGUUUCUGACUUCCCGUUUUAAUAAAUUAUUAAUAAAUUAAUUAGGCUUGCAGUGAGUAAAAUGAUAGAGAAUUCUGUAAGCAGGACAUUUAGAAGUUGUUUAAAAAACUAAUUUGUUCAUAUUUGUUUAAAAAACUAAUAUUGUUUUAAUAUCAAUAAGGUCUGUGCUUAACCGCCAUAUGUUUUAAUCAAUGUAAGUAAUUACAGUUUUAAAUGAUAUCAAAAUAUCUAUUUAAUUAUUUUAGUUGAUUAUUUUAUUGAUACAUCCAUUUUUUGUUUGUAUUGUUUAGUUUUAUAAAAAAAUAAACAAUUUUGCCCGAAAUAUAUGACAGUUGAGAACAGGCCUAUGUUAGAGGCUAAGAUGUAAUUUAGUUUAUUCCUUCGACAUAACGUUACCAGUGUCUAUGCCAUAGAAAUUGUUAUAAUUCACUGAAUAAAUCUUAAGACAUUGA